CUUCACUAGGCUACACAUUAAACAUAAAGACUCACUCACUCACUCAUCUACAGCCUCAUCAGAUCUUUUCUCCUGUGUGAUUCAUCUUGCAAACGAGCCAUCAUGGUUUCCCAUAAGGAGUUUGUGGGUGCAGGAAAGCAGCCGGGGCUGCAGGUGUGGCGUAUUGAGAACUUGGACCUGAAGCCGAUUCCCAAGGCUCUGCAUGGCAGCUUCUACACCGGGGACGCCUACCUGCUUCUCUUCACCACCUCAGCCCCGUCAUACAACAUACACAUGUGGAUUGGGGACGUCUGUUCGCAGGAUGAGAGUGGAGCGGCGGCCAUCUUUUCCACACAGCUGGAUGACUUCCUGGGUGGUGGGCCAGUGCAGUACAGGGAGCUGCAGAACUGCGAAUCCAACACCUUUGUGGGGUACUUCAAGUCAGGAAUCAAGUACCAGAAAGGAGGCGUGGCCUCAGGUUUUAAGCAAGUGGUGACCAACGACAUGAACGUGAAGCGUCUGCUGCACAUCAAGGGUCGGAGGGCCAUCAGAGCCACAGAGGUGGACAUGUCCUGGAGCAGCUUCAACAAGGGAGACUGCUUCAUCGUUGACCUGGGCAAGGACAUCUACCUGUGGUGUGGCAGUGAGUGUAACCGCUUUGAGAAGCUGAAGGCUGCUGAGGUCGGCAUCAACAUCAGAGAUAAUGAGAGAAACGGCAGAGCCAAAGUGCACAUGGUGGAGGAGGGGGAAGAGCCAGCAGCAAUCACAGAGGCUCUGGGGCCCAAACCCACCAUUGCAUCCAGUACUGUGGAUGAUGAUAAGGUGGACAUCUCCAACAAGAAUAAGGGUGCCCUCUACAUGGUGAGUAAUAUCUCUGAUGCCUCUGGCUCCUUGAAGGUUUCAGUCGUGGCUCAGCGCAGUCCCUUCAAACAGGCCAUGUUGUCUCCUGAGGAGUGCUACAUCCUGGACAUUGGAGUGGACAAGAACAUCUUUGUUUGGAAAGGUCCCAAGGCCAACGCCACCGAGCGCAAAGCCGCCAUGUCGACAGGCCAGAUGUUCAUCAAAGACAAGGGAUACUCUGAGAAGACCCAGAUCCAGGUACUUCCUGCAGGAGGUGAGACGACUAUGUUCAAGCAGUUCUUCUGCGACUGGAAGGACAAAGACGAGACAACAGGCCCCAGUAAGGCCUACACCAUCGGCCGCAUAGCCAAAGUGGAGCAGGUGCCCUUUGAUGCCUCCACUCUGCACUCUAACAAGUCCAUGGCAGCCCAGCACGGCAUGGUUGAUGAUGGCAAGGGCCAGGUCAAGAUUUGGCGUGUUGAGGGUGGUGAAAAGGUGCCUGUGGAUCCCUCCUCCUACGGUCACUUUUACGGUGGAGACUGUUACCUCAUCCUCUACAGCUACAGCCUGGGGGGGCGGGAGCGACACAUCAUCUACACCUGGCAGGGGCUGAAGUGCACACAGGAUGAACUGGCGGCUUCAGCGUUCAUCACAGUGAAGCUCGAUGACUCAAUGGGAGGAUCCCCGGUUCAGGUGAGAGUGACUCAGGGCCAGGAGCCCCCACACUUGAUGAGCCUGUUCCAGGGUAAACCCAUGAUCAUCCACAGCGGAGGAACAACACGCAAAGGAGGACAGUCAGAAACCGCAAAGAUUCGCCUCUUCCACAUCCGGCAGAGCUCUUCCUGUGCUACACGGGCUGUGGAGGUAGAGGUCUCUGCUUCCAAUCUGAACACCAACGAUGUGUUUGUGCUGAAAUCCUCAAAAGACUUGUUUGUAUGGCGGGGUGUGGGAGCCGGCGAUGAGGAGAUGCAGGCUGCCAACCAUGUGGGGCUCUUUCUGGGUGGUAAUUCCAUCCAAGUGUCAGAGGGCAAGGAGCCAGGUGAUUUCUGGUCUGUUCUCGGCGGCAAGAAGGAUUACCAGACCUCCAAGACUCUGCAGAACGUAGUCAAGCCCCCACGUCUGUUUGGCUGCUCCAACAAAACUGGAAGACUUAUUGUUGAAGAAGUACCAGGGGACUUCACUCAGUCAGACCUGGCCACUGAUGAUGUCAUGCUCCUGGACACCUGGGACCAGAUCUAUCUUUGGGUUGGCAACGAGGCUAAUGCAGAGGAAAGGACUGGAGCUCCCAAAAUAGCAAAAGAAUAUGUGGACUCAGACCCGUCUGGCCGCAGCGGACUGCCCAUCACCACCAUCAAACAGGAAGCAGAGCCUCCAACUUUCACCGGCUGGUUCCAGGCCUGGGAUUUCAAGAUGUGGGAGAGCGAUCCAUUUGACAGAAUGCGUGACCGUUUCUGAACACAAAACUCCAGGCUCUUUCUACCUUUCUGACUCCUUAGCUGUCCAGCACCUCCUAUUGCCAUUUUAUUGACCUUAACUCCAAUCCCUAAGUGCCAAAAACAAUGAUAUAAUAUAAUAAUAUAACUGUUAUCAGGUUGAAUGGCUGCCACUAUGCCUUGGUCACGGUGCAGCGCAUCGGACUUCAUAAACAGGAAUGCAUCACAUCAGUAGUCGAAUGACUUCCUGUAGCAACAUUAUCCUAAUUGACAGAAGUGGGUUAUUGAUCUGUUGCAUCUUUAUCUAACCCACUAAUAUGAAUAGGAAAAUAUAAAAGGAAGCCAUUUAAGACAGCCGGAGAUAUCCUUUGCUUCUCUCUGCUCUUUUUCACUUCAGAAGACAUCAUCAUGCUUUCCUUUCCAUCUGUCUUCAGUCUUUUUCUGCAUAAUGAACUAGUAUGCCAGACUCCAUUACUAUGCGGUGUUUACAUGUGUUUUGUUUUAUUUGGUACUUAAUAGUUGUUCACUUCCUAGAAGUUGCAUGCUGCAUUUUUUUUAAAUCACAUUAUGUGCUUGUGAAUUUUAAAAGGCGUACAGCGGUAUGUACAUGUCUGUUGUCUUUAUUGCUUGACCCUGAAAUGCUCAAUGGAUGGCUUUUAAAUAAAACUCCCAGUAUUUCAAA